GGCGAACCUUUCAAAACAUCAUGUCGACUAUUACCAACAAUUUACACCUUCUUUUAGAGUCAGCUCUAUCUUGAUCAUGUUUUACGUAGCGGCUUAUCUUGCGUCCAGAUAAUCGCUAUUUGGAUCUUUUCACUACGUUAACCCACAGAACAAAACAACAACAGCAACACAAAGAUGAAAUGACAAACCAAAGCUGAAUCUCUUCAUUCCAUCAAUAAUCCAUACCCCAAAACAGAAGCGUUGCUUAAAAACUUUCCUUACAACAAUAUAAUAUGGAAAAUAGUACUCUCGUCUACUGAACUCUAAUUUUAACGUCCUGUUCGAUCUAUAACGGUAUUUUAAGAAAGAGGAUUCUACAAAUCAUUAUUAACUGAUAAUGACCAUCCUUCACUGAUAGUAUCUAUCAAUCUAUAGGGGAUCAAUAUUCCCGUAAAGAAAGAAAAAGGUAUAAAUAAUGUACAAGAGUCCACGGUUGAGCUUCAUUUUGUUAUUGUUUAUAUUUUUUUAUGUUCUUUUUGAUUUUGUUUUAAUCAUUGCUCUUUUUUGAUCAUAGGAACUAGAACUAGACAUAUUUAGAGUCAGUUCUUGUGCGGUAUACAGAGUUUCAAGGCAAUUGCGUACGAAUUUUCCUUGCAUCGACUGCUACCAUUACUAUACGUCUUGCUCUAUUUGGCAUAAAAAACGAACCAUUGCUUUUUAAGAAUAAUACCUCUUAAAAAUAAUAUAACACUUUUCUUUGUAAUAGUGAUUCCUAUUCUCCUUUGUUGUCUUCAACAAAGACAUUUGAAAAUACAGAACGGGAAGAUAGAGAAAAAGAAAUAAUUCUACAACAAAAAAGAGAUCUUGCCUCUUACUCUUGUAUUUUGUUAAUCUCUGCUAAACAACAAGAGAUUAUCUGUUUUCUCCAGUCUUUUGGCUUCUCUUUGUUUUUAUUCCUAUUUUAUAUUUCCUUUUUUAAACAGAGGAAAUGCAUUUCUUUCGUUUGCGUUCAGGACUUCUUCGCAAUGGCAAGCUCCUUUUGGGUAUCGGCGCUGGUGCAGCCGUCUCUUUGAAUAGCAUGGGUUUGACGAACGAAUCAGAAGCUUCAUUCUUUCAGAAAGGCUUUUCCAAGGAAUUGAGUCACCGUUCGUUCGGCGAUGUUGCUCGCGGAUUUUUUAUUUAUGAGAUUUGCUCUCGAGCUUGGCUGGUAAAGACCUCCAUAGCUGCAAUGUCUUUGUGUGAUACUCUCCAUCUUUCUUUCCUCUAUGCCCCUUUUUGCCGUCGUACUUUCUAUCGUCAUUUCUGUGGAGGUGAAACUCCGACUGCACUCAUCCAAAGCAUGCAAUCUCUUCAAGCUUCUGGGAUAUCUCCUUGUCUCAAUUCUUCUCGAGAGAUUGAUCUCCCAAGCGACAUUGAUCCUCGUCAAUUUGUUUCCACGGCCAAUUCUGUGCCUGAAGAGAUCAAGGCCCCUAAUGUAACGGUUCAACAAAAGAUGCAUGAUAUUGCUCAAGAAGCUUUCGACUCUUAUUUGUUAAGUAUCGACUUGGCUUCUAAGGUUGAAAACUCUUCUUGUGCGAUCAAGUUAACGCCAUUCAUUAACCCCUUAGUUUUAUUCCGGUUCAACGCUAUUCUAAAUAAUACAUCCAACCAACCUGCAGCUAGUUUUUCCCAAAUUUUGAAUGGCAGCCCUUUGCUAUCUCCAUAUGAAAAAGAAGAGCUUCAGCGCUUCUGGUCCUUUUCUGAGAAAGUGUGCGAAUUUGCCCAACAAAAAGGUGUCCUUUUAUUCAUGGAUGCCGAACAAACUUACUUUCAAGAUACCAUCCAUUCAAUUUCUUUAGAUUUGAUGAGAAAAUACAAUAAGCAGGAAGCUAUCGUACACAACACUUAUCAACUUUAUUUGAAAAAGACCAGAGGAAUCUUGAAUGAGCAUAUGAGACAUUGUGCUCUCGAAGAUUGGCUGAUGGGUGCAAAAAUUGUCCGAGGCGCCUAUAUAAACUCAGAGCCCCGUCAUUUGAUUCAUGACACAAAAGAGGAUACAGAUCGAGAUUUUAAUGGUGCAAUGGAUUCUUUGUUCUUAGCCGCUUCCAGAGCAGCUCCUGGAACUAGCGUGGCUUCUCAGCUCCCUUCUAAAUCCCGCAAAGGUAAAUGGGGUAUUAUGGUUGCUACCCACAACAAAUCUUCUAUUUGCAAAGUGUUGGACCUUUUAGAAAGAAAGAAAAUUGAUACAAGCAAAACAUCUUUGUAUUUGGCUCAGUUGUUGGGUAUGUCGGAUGAUAUUACUUAUGCACUUGCAGCUUAUCCAAGAAGUGAAGUCCCUGAAUUUCACAUAGCCAAGUAUGUCUCUUGGGGACCAAUUUAUCAUGUUCUUCCUUAUUUGGUUCGACGUGCCCGUGAAAACAUUGAUGCCCUAGGGCGUUCGACAGAAGAAAGAGCUUAUUACCGUCAAGAGUUGAGAAGACGCUUACAUAUUUAAUUGCUUCUAUGAUAACUACCCCUUAUUACCAUUCUAUUUUCCAAGAGAUCCCUAUAAGUUUUUUCUUAAAAAUAUGGCAGUUUGAUUUCUUGAAACUGACAGAGGUAUGUAUCUUCUGUUCGACAUAAGAAACAUGUAACGAAGUAUAUCUAAAUUUUACAUAUCUCCCUUCUUUUUACUACACUUAGUUAUUUCCUUAAAAUGAAUAUUUCCCUUUGUUUAUUAGAUGAUUUGAGAUACAUAUUGUUCUGACAUGAAUGGUACUGUGAAGAUAUUUUACCUAAAACGCAUUAUUACAUGGUUUAGCAAAUUCACCAAUAAUGAAAUAGAAAAUUCGUUACGAUAAAGUGAACAGAAUAUAGUACAUCCGGAUCAUGGAUAAAUAUGUUAACAAUCAUACUCAUUGUCCAAUUGCUUAGACAGAGGAAAGACAAUAAAUUGUGGAUUUACCAAAAAAGAAACCCUUAAUAAAGUAAAGUAAA